AUGGGUAACGACGGUGGCAGUAUCCCAACCCGACGCGAACUGGUCAAGGAGGCCGCCCGCGACCCGACCACCACCGAGAUCAAGCAAUCGCAACACGAACGACAAGAAUAUGCCUGGUCUACCGAUCCCAUCACUCGCAAGCCUCUCGCCCCGCCCAUCGUCUCCGAUUCCAAUGGCAAGCUGUUCAACAAAGAGUCUAUAAUCGAAUAUCUACUGCCCUCCGACCACGCCACAAUCACAAAGGCCGACGCCGACUCAGUACUCCAAGGCUCCGUCAAGAGUCUGAAAGACGUUGUCGAGAUCAAGUUUGACAUCGACACCAACGCCAACAAGGACUCCAAGAACCCCUUCAAGUGCCCCGUUACUGGUGAGCGUCUAGGUCCUGGCCAAAAGGCCGUCUACCUCGUUCCCUGCGGUCACGCCUUCUCUGCCACCGCCAUCAAGGAGGUUUCAGGAGAGCGCUGCGUCACUUGCGACCACGAGUACGCCUCCAACGACAUCAUCCCAAUCUCGCCCACCACACCUGAAGACAUCGCUCGUCUGAGUCUUCGCGUCAAGACUCUGAAAGAAAAAGGUCUCGCCCAUUCUCUCAAGAAAGCCGCAAAGGAAUCAAAGAAGCGCAAGAAGCGUGACCAAGUCGACGAGGUUCCACCUCUGGUCCAAAUCAUCGAUCAGAAAGAAGCCAACAACAUCAACAAUUCUUCAACCGCUGCACUGACAGCAAAGGUCCUUCAAGAGCAAGAAGCGAAGAAGCGAAGGAUGCACAACGACAACCUCAAGACACUAUUCUCAUCCAGAGAUCAGAGCAAGCCGAUAGGCAAGAGUGCCGACUUCAUGACAAGAGGCUAUGACAUCCCCGCUGGCGCAAAGAGGUGA